UGUGAGAGGCUCCACUCAUUUUGGACUCUCAACAAGGGAUGGCUAGAACGAUGUGGCACUGUGUGGACAGUUGACAUCUAUUCAGAUUUGCAGAUAAAAGAAAUAGAUACUAUUAUAGAGGUUUUCUGCUGAUAGGUUAUAGAAUAAUGGGUCAAGUGCAAAGUGAGGAGGAUAGAGAAGUUGGCCUGUCUCAGAUUCAGGAGUUGUACAAGAAGUUUGCAAACGAGUGCCCCAGUGGAAAGCUUCAUCUACAUGAGUUCAAGCGGAUUUUUGGAAUCACAAGUGACUCAACAGAAGAGGAAUCUGCCUACAUGGAGAACUUGUUCAGAUCGUUUGAUGCUAAUCACGAUAACACCAUAGACUUCAUGGAAUACGUAGCUGCCCUGCACCUGGUUCUCCGUGGCAAGCUUGAGGAUAAACUGAAAUGGUCUUUCAAAGUUUAUGACAGGGAUGGAAAUGGACGACUGGACAAACAAGAAGUAAAACAUGUAAUUAAAAUUAUCUACAAACUGCGGAAGCAUGACCAUCCUUCAAACGCAGAAAAACUCACUCCAGAUGAGAUAUGUGAGAGGAUCUUUGAACGUAUUGAUCAAAACAACGACGGUCAAAUCUCACUACAGGAGUUUAUAGAAGGGGCUCAAAGGGACCAAUGGGUCAUGGAUCAGCUCAGGGUUGACCUGCGGCCCACCGGCUGGUUCAUCAACCACCAGAGUAAAAAUUCAUGAGGCCUGCCAAAAAAUCAAGAAUUGAACAUGCUAACUGACUGGAAGGCAAAUCUGAUUUUGGAGGAUUCUAGGCAUAUGCAUCAUGUGAAGACUUAGCAGGACAAGGUUAUGCCCACUUCUCCAAUGCACUGUAUUUUUGCUUUUUUUUAGCAAAUAAAUAUUCCUUGAUUUGAAUAAAAAAGGAUGGAAGGACAGCAAGCAAGAGACUAAUUUCCUUCGUUAGGUUUUAGGUUUUAAACGUUAUGAAUAAACAUGCUUUUACCUAUUUUGUAAAUCAAAGGUGUUUCUGUCUUCUACGUUCCUGUAUGUAUACAUGCAAGAAUACAUGUGUCAGUUUAAACAUAUACAUUGUUUCAUACUUGAUCUUAUUCUUUGAGUGCUUUUCAUACAGUACUGUGCAAAAGCCUUAUGCAUCUGAGAAAAUGAUAUGUAAUCUGAACAGUAGACAU